AUGGACGUCCCUCAUCCUCUCCAGUCUAUCUUGCAAUCCUUUCUUGUUUCCGAUGCGUCAGCUGUACUUUUUGCGCCUCAAGUCUUAGAACGACUUUCGUCUAGCUGUCUCGCGCCUUCCUCACACCUUCAGAAAUGGUGCACUCGUAUUACUUCACUGAUACACUCAAAAGAUCCAGGAGCACGGUGGGCAGGAAUAUCCUUUGCAUAUCGAACGUCUGCUCUAUCGGAACAACUGCUAAUUGAACAUGCUCGGUCAUGGAUCGGAAUUGUAUUACCUCUUUUCUCAAAACCAGAACCCAAACCAAUACUGAAGGUUUCAAUGCGGUACUUGCGCUUGGUGCUUGGUGCUGCAGCGGGCCAUCCCGAAUUUCAGAGACAAGUCGCUGCGCCAGCCGUUCCAAAAAUUUGUGCUGCGCUGUUACACAUUGCAGAGAAUUCAAUCGACACGAAUUCAAGGGCGCUGGCCACACAAGUGUUAAGCCAGCUUGUUAUGUCAUAUCCGUCUCAGCACAGGGCUUUAAGUUCAAAGCUGUUUGCCUUGUGCUACGGAAUUUUUGGAGGUUCCUCGCCGCAACCAACGCACGCUCGAUUACUCGACGUUACGGCUGACUUGUUUUCAACGUUGCAUUACCUUGGUGGUAAAGUCGGAGGUGUUAACACCUGGCGGUCAUGUUUAGAUGCCGUCCUGUAUGCUUCGUGGGUCGCUUGGGCCGCUCUAAGAACUACUUUCCCCAGCAGCAUGACUCAUUUGAGUGGGCAAACGUUGAACAUGGAGGGUACCACUCCAUCAUACUUUGGGCCACUGCCUGGAGAUCCGUUGACGGCCAAUCUACUCUGCCUGGACAGACUAAAUUGCAACAUCACUGCAAUAUGUGCUUUAUUAAGAGCACCCGUUCAACGACCAGUCAAGGUACCCACAGGUAAUUUAGUCGCAUUCAGCUGCGCCUUAUUGGCGUGCACAGAUGAAGAACAGCAGAGCGAGCGACUCCUUAACCCUCAAGUCCGUGCUCUGGAAGUGGGAGCUUUACCACAAAUCUGGAUGCAUGGAUGCCGCCUACUCUCUUGCUUGUGCCAAGUUGCUCAGAAGCUCGUGGCUCCCAGUGCAUCGCGGAUAGUCACGAUCAUUGCCUGUCAACUCGAGAGGAUCCAGGAAAACUCACAGCGCUCCGCUUUUCUUCAAAUAGCGCACGAUAUUCUUAGCCAUUGCUCCGUUGUCGGCUCAUCAAUUGCCGUCACUCGUCUUAUGAGGACAACGAUCGCAUCGUUAUCACAACUGUAUCUUCCCCAAUCUGCUCAGGGUGGCGAUGCUUCUUCACAGAAAACAGGCAAGAAAAGGGUGCGAGAUUUUCAAGAUGGCGACGCUCUUUCGACUCGCCAACAAGUGCUCUGCGCCACCAGCGACUCUUGCAAUGCAAUUCUCGUUGCUUUGGAUGUCAUUCACGAAGGCCUGAAGAACAUGGAGUUGCCCUUGCAAGUAAGAUCACUCUCAACUCGAGUGCUGCUAUCUCUCUUGCUCUCGUUGCCAUCAACUCCCCCCCAAAGUCUUUCGUAUGACCUUAAUGUCUAUAAUCAAUUUGUCAAAAGAGUGCGCGAAAUCUGUCUAGACAACGCAGUAGGAACAAGCGAAAUGAGCAGAUUCGUGGGACUCGUCCUGCGAUGUUGUGCUGUUGAAGCAUCCCUCGCUAAAUUGCAGUCCUCGGUGGACCUCUUAAUUCAUCCCCGAAGGCCACCUCCCUCACAAAGAUUACCUUCUUUGGAAUUUCUGUUGCUUUCUUCAGCUGAGGAGAACAAAGACCAAGCUGCCGCACGCCAGGCACAUGGCCUCUCUGGACACAACGGGACGGUUGAGGGGACAAGUCCGGUUGUACUUGAAAAAAUCGGAGAACCUGCACGCGUUCCAUCUCUGGUCCAGGAACGAAGUCCAGCGCCGCCCUUAAAACCUGACCGGCCGACCGAUAUAUCACCUCCCAACCUAUCACCUCCAACGGACAGCGUUCCCGAGAGCCACGACAUAUCAAUGGUCAUGCAUACACAAUCGCAUCCAUCGCCGCCAAGAGUCCAACCCCUUCCGGCUAUCCAACGACAAGAACAGCCUCCUAAACCAGUCAUCACCGUCCCUGUAACGCUGAUUGCCGAUGAGGACAACGAAGAGGUGCCUAGCAUUGAUAUGGAUUCCGACUCGGACGCGUAA